GUCGCUUCGGUUGCUUUGCUUUGUGGCUUGGACUUCCAUAAUGAAGAACGAAACAACUAAAAUCAAUAAUAAUGCGUCCGCCAUUGUAUAGUCAGUGUCAUAUUUUUUCAGUAUUAUACUAUAAAAGGUAUUGAAUAAAAUGCAACGAUCAGGCAUUAGAUACAUCGAAUUACUUUCUGUCCAAUAGUCACAAUGGAUACGUCUUAUAAAGUGAUAACCGUGCUCCUUUAUAUCAUAAACUCCGUGCAUCCGUACUGUGGCCCAUACAAUGGCCAAAUAUGCAAAACAUAUACAACCGGUUACGUGUGGUAUAACCAUACGGGUGGUCUGGAGAACGAAAAGAUUACGACGGGGCUGUGGAGAGAAAUGAUAUCUACUCUCAGAGAGCCGUGCCGCAGCCGCGCCGAGAAGCUCCUCUGUGCGUACGCGUUCCCCAAGUGCAUCAACAAGGAUGGGGUCGGCGACUUCGCGUUGCCUCUGUGUUUCGAAGACUGCAUCGCCGUUAAAAUGCAGUUUUGUUACAACGACUGGAUCGUUUUCGAAGAGCAAAAACGCCGAGGCGUUUACUUUGAGUCUAGAGGCCAUUUCCGAUUUCCCGAAUGCGAGAAACUUCCUCGGUUUUCAGGGAAAGGUUCACACGUGACAUGUAAUUAUGUGGGCAUCACUAACAUGGACUACAGUGAAGUGACCACGAACUGCGUGCGGGGCAACGGCCGGUACUACCAGGGUACGGUGAACGUCACCGAGAGCGGCAAGGCUUGCCAGGCCUGGGAGUCUCAGUACCCCCACCAGCACACAAGACCUCCGCUUGUGUUCCCAGAAGUGCAGAACUCGAGCAACUACUGCAGAAAUGCUGGAGGUGAGGAACAUGGGCCAUGGUGCUACACCAUGGAUCCUGAGGUUCGGUGGGAGCUCUGCGACAUACCACUUUGUGCCAACUCCACCUUAGAAGAUGACAAUAUUAUAGGACCAAGUAUAGAGAUGGAAAACUAUUUUACGCCUACAUUUGUGUUACUGCUAUCAGUUGGUGGCCUGGGGUGCGUUUUAGGCAUUGCAUCCAUUGCUCUCUUGUGCCAUUACUUUUUUAAAAAUCAUUACUCUAAGUGCAACAUGCCUAGCCGCAGAAAUGUCCCAAACAUGGAUAUUGAUCUUGACAAACUCCCGAGCAAUAUGGCUUAUCAUACCACCGGGGCUCAGCUGAACCCUAAACUGGAGAAACUGGAGUUCCCAAGAAAUAAUAUUAUCUAUAUCCGUGAUUUAGGCCAAGGUGCUUUUGGGAGAGUGUUUCAAGCAAAGGCUCCCGGGCUGGUCCCGGAAGAAGAGUUUACUCUGGUUGCCGUCAAAAUGCUCAAGGAUGAGGCCUCUCAUGACUUGCAAUUAGAUUUUGAGAGAGAGGCUUGUCUUCUGGCUGACUUUGACCACCCCAACAUUGUGAAGUUGUUAGGUGUCUGUGCUAUAGGUCGGCCCAUGUGCUUGCUCUUUGAGUAUAUGGGAAAAGGUGACUUAAAUGAAUACCUAAGGGCCUGCAGCACUGCCACUAACUACCCACCAAUGUCAGAACACAGGGAAGACCUAAGGUUACUAGCGACACCUCUGGGCCAUUUAGACUUAUUGCACAUUGCAAGGCAGAUCGCCUCGGGGAUGGUCUAUUUAUCUGAUCGGAAGUUUGUUCAUCGAGACCUUGCCACCAGGAACUGUCUAAUCAAUGAUGACAUGGUAGUGAAGAUUGCAGACUUCGGUCUUUCACAUAAAAUUUAUUUACAAGAUUAUUAUAAGGGAGACGAGCAUGACGCUAUCCCAGUGAGAUGGAUGCCUUUAGAAAGCAUAUUGUACAAUAAGUAUACAUUAGAGUCUGAUGUGUGGGCCUAUGGGGUAUGCCUGUGGGAGAUAUUCUCUUUUGCCCUGCAGCCUUACUUCGGAAUGACCCAUGAGGAAGUGGUCAGGUUUCUGAAGGACGGGAAUGUCCUGGCCUGUCCGGACAACACGCCCCGCUGCGUGUACGACCUCAUGCGCCAGUGCUGGAGCACGCACCCCACUGACCGACCCAACUUCAGACUGAUUUAUCAGAUGUUAGACAACAUACAAAUGAUUCUUGAACGAACUCAUUCUGACUAAUUUACAGUGUUCUGUGUAUCAAUUAAUUAUUAAGGACUGAGUUUGUAUUUCAUUAUUUACUGUGUAAAGGACUCUUGCCGAUAGAUGUAAAUAAAUAGGUAUCUACUUGUA